UGCGCAGUCCACACAGCCGGCCCAAGCCCGCUGGACCUCCACCUGCCCUCUCCGCGCUGUCGUCUUCUCCAGAGAGAUCGAGGGACGCGUGUGCCGGCCGACAUCAGCGAGCAACCACCGCGGCUCUCCUCUCCCCUUGAAGCCUCCCCAGCCACCCAAAUCCUAACCCUAACCCCCCCUCUCCCUUCCGCCGCUGCCAGGUGGGUCUCCCCUUUCUGUUCUCUUCCCCACCAAGCAAACCGAGGAGCACCAGAGCAUCGCCGGAGCAGGCCACCGUGGCCAGCGUCCUCCGCCGGCGUUUUCUUCGUGACCGGGAGCCCCGCCUGCACGACUACUUCCUCUACUCGGACGACCUCGAGCUCGGACGCCUCCACGCCGUCGAAUUGCUCGACCUCCUCCUCUUCAGCUGAUCGCCGUCACCGUUCAGAUUCGCCGCCGACAGACCUCCUCCGCCAUUUUCGGCUACGCCAGCAUCACCAGGGAAGAAGAAAAUGAACACCAUGCUGUCAGAAAAUGCUGAAAGGAAGCCACGUGUGCUUCAUAACCUGCAAAAGCAGCUAGAUGAGGCUGUCCUCGAUAUGCAACUCUAUGAGAAAGCUCUAGAUGUGUUUGAGGAUGAUCCUGCUACCGCUGGCAUAUUACACGAUCAUCUGCUAAGAACUAUGGCUACUCCAGUAGUCAACAAGAUUUUAUUUAGUCUGGACAAGGACAACAAAUUGAAGAAUGGAAUGGAGUUUGAAGACAGCGAAGAACAGGAUGUUCAGCUGAGCAGUACUGAGCGUACUUUUCUGGCAAAGAAUCUUCCAGGGCAAUUGUCAUCGAAGGCUCAAGCUUUAAUAGAAGCAGUGGAGGGAAAGCGGUUUGAUUCAUUUAUGGACGCCUUAAGAGAUGCAGCAGAGGAAAGUGGCUUGUUAUUUAAGAAGCUUGAUGAAGGACUAGAGCGAUCAAUGCUGCGUUCCUACCACAAGGAUUUGACAGCACAAGUUUCUUCAGAGACUGAUCCAGUGUCCUUCCUCCCAAAAGUUGUUGCUCUGCUUUUUCUCCAGGCAUACAACAAGGCUCUUCAGGCACCUGAAAGUGCUGUUCGUGCUGUCAUCACACUACUGAAGGACAAGCUACCAGCUUCAACCUUCAAGGUUUUAACUGAAUAUCACGGCACCACCGUGAAACUUCUCGCACUACAAGAUGCUGCUACUGGUGAUGAAGAUGAUUGCACAUCGGACCGAAUGCUGGAGAAGCAGGAAGACCUGGAAGAGAGGCUGAUGCCAGAACUAAAAUCCCUGGCCCUGGGCACAGGCAAAAAGUGAGCAGCAAAAAUGGUGUGCAUUGUACGCCAUGCCCUCUGUGUAAAUACACAGAUCUAUCUACCUACCUAUCCUCCUUGGCACUGGAGCUGUGGUUGUUUCGUGUGGCAGCAGAAUCAAUUUCUUAAUUUUUUUUAACGAGCAACCACAGCAUGUAUGAACAUCUUGAAUACCUUGAAACUCUGCUAGUUCCUUCCUGAACAAUGACUGCGAGCAAAUAUUUUUAAGAACCUUUUAUCUUGCGAUCAA